UUCAGUUAUUCGCCGCAGGCCGCACUGCCGCAGCUCGCCGUCCUCGGGCGCUCGCGCUGCCUGUCCUGCCCAGCCCUCCUCUCGGCCGCGCGUCCUCCGGUCCUCGCUGCUCGCCCGGCCGUGCAGCACGUCGUCCUACCGGCAUCCUGCAGCGCUCGUCGCCCAUCAGCCCACCCUGUCGCGGUCGCGGCCAUCCCGCCGCCGGCCGUCAAAUCCUCGCUGCCAGGGGCCCAGCUGAUUAGGUCUGCAGUCUACUUUUCUUGGAAAAAAAACUCAACGAAGAGGAGGUCUGGACCUAGGCGGCUAGGCCUAGCCACUCCAGACCAGGAAGCCAGACCCUUCUAGACAACCAAGUGAACCAGCCCAUCGACGGGCGGUGCCUCUGGCGGCGGCGGCGGCGGCUUGCUACGAGGUUCACCGGUCCUCAGCCCGCGUCUUCUUCACUCCGUGCUUAGCCCUCGUGAACACGGCUCUGCGCAAGUUCCCAAGCGCCGGCAGGGCGGCAGGAAGCGACCCACGGCCAGCUGUGCUAUAAACCGAACUUGUUCACAGCUGUGGAAUGCGCACGCCCAUGGGAUUUUUUCGUGAUCUACCACUGCUGACAUGCCCAAUCAUCUCAUCUCCCAUUUCAACAACCAUGCUGUUCAACCAGCAUUGGCAGCAAUUCAUCUAGUCGUUACAAAAUUUGGUACAUCCUCAGCACUUGAGAGAUCAAGAAAGCAAGGGCGUGGCAACAUUCACAAUGCAUUGAGGGUCUUGGACCUUGUACCAACCAAGCAACAUUAUGGUGAAGAGGAAGUUCCGUCCCAUCACCGCCUUAUCAAUGAUUGUAUGUCUGACAUCCUGGGAGUUCAAUCAAAACGGAAUGUUGUGCGUAAGAGAAAAGAGGACUUUGUUAACUCAAGCUCAAAUCAAUCACGGCCUAAAGGCAGUAAUGUUGUCUCAAGUAGUGUCUCAGUUUGCCUUUCCAUGACUAGACUCACAAAGGACAAGCUUAUGCAGAUAGUGGAGCUGCAUAGGAGAGGGGGCAUCAGUUCAGAUGCAUCUAUAUUAGCAUCUGCGCUGAGUGCCUGUGCUGAUAGGAAAACUCUUACUGGAGGUGCACAGCUUCAGGCUUUACUAGUGAAAGCAGGGUAUGACUCCUCUGUCCUUAUUGGCAGCUCACUGAUCAGCUUUUAUUCAAGAUGCGGCCAGUUGGAAAAUGCUCACCGGGUUUUCCAGGGCACGACAGCGAAAAAUACUGUGUCAUGGACAGCACUUAUUUCUGGUUACGCCCAGGAUAAUCAGGUGGAGCCAUGUCUCCAUUUAUUUGCACUGAUGAGGCAGUCGGUGUGCAAGCCAAAUGACAUCACAUUUGCAACUAUAUUCAGAGUGUGCACUAACCAUGCAUUUCUUGCACUUGGUAAAAGUGUUCAAGGCCUACAAAUGAAAAUGGGUUUUGAUUCUUAUGUGCAUGUGUCCAAUGCAUUGAUAUCAAUGUAUGCGAAGUGUGGGAGUAUUGUUGAAGCUCGAGCCAUAUUUGAGAGCAUUGCAUGCAAAGACGUUGUCUCUUGGAACUCCAUGAUUUUUGGAUAUUCACAGCAUGGCCUUGCUGAGCAUUGCCUAGACUUGCUGAAAGAAAUGGAAGGGCAUAUAAUGCCGGAUGCGAUAUCCUUCCUAGGUGUGCUUUCGUCAUGCCGGCAUGCAUGCCUUGUAAUGGAAGGCCGACGGUGCUUCAGGGCAAUGAUUGAACAUGGAAUAAAACCAGAGCUGGAUCAUUACUCAUGUAUGGUUGAUCUCCUUGGCCGUGCAGGGCUGCUGGCUGAAGCUUGGGAUCUGAUCCAGACGAUGUCCAUGCCUCCAAAUGGUGUCAUAUGGGGCUCCCUGCUAGCUUCCUGUAGGCUGCACGGAAGCGUAUUGAUUGGAAUACAGGCUGCAGAGCACCGUCUCAAGCUCGAACCAGGUUGUGCUGCAACUCAUGUGCAGCUAGCGAAUUUGUAUGCAAGCAUUGGCUGCUGGAGUGAUGUGGCAAGAGUGAGGAAGGUGAUGAAGGAGAGAGGGCUGAAAACGAACAUUGGGUGCAGUUGGAUAGAAGUUGGCAAUAAAGUUUAUACUUUUACAGCAGAAAACAGAUCAAAGAGCCAGGUCAACGAUGUUCUGGCCAUUCUUGAUUGCUUGCAGUCCCAUAUGGAUCACAAGUAUGGUCUGGAUUGGGAUGAUCCUGAGCAUAUCAUGCUAAGCUUGAACACUCUAUAGAUUUAAAAGAUCAUGGCUUUUCCAUGUUCAACUGCUUAUGAAGAGGAGGUACUCUAUAGGAAAUGGCAAGUGUUACUCACCCAAAUGUCCGGUCAAAGGUCCUCGAUGUAACAUUGCUGCGCAGAAGAUGAUGGGUGAUAACUUGGUGUCUUUGAUACAGUUAGUUGGGCAAUGCUUUGCAAGAGAGCGUAUGUUGCAGUGUAGGUGGUUAGGAUACUUGUUCCUCGGUUCUCACCCAGGAGACCCAGGGUCUGCAUCUAUAAUUCCAUGUUAAGCCAAUGUAAAGUAUAUCUGUUGCCAAUUGCCAUUCCAAGACGACAUUCUAGACCCCAAGAAUAAAAUAAUAUUGUUGAGGUGUGAUCACGUCAAGUUUUUGCCAUACCAUGUAAUCAUCGUCAGACAACAUUUACCACAACAGUGCGUGCUGUGCUGUCAUCCUAUGGUACUCAGAACUUGUAAUUUACCAGCUCACAGAGGUACCGAGAUUUCUGAAAAGGAUGUCAUGGUGAUCUGCAGCCAGUGUUGAAGGCCUGACACAUAAAACUGAGGAAAUAUAAUUCUUUUGGACCUUCUCGAGACUCGUCACGUGGCCACAGAACCCAGGAACAAGGGGGAAGAAAUCAUCACGGACACCUUGAGAAUUUUGGAACAUGAAAUAUGCAGAAUCAAUUGGAUGUAGGAUGGCUCUAUAGAAGUUAUGAUUGCUGUCCUGUUAUGAUUCUGCACUUGAAGGGUGGAAUGAUCAUUGCUGGCCCAAAUAGAAUAUUGUGAGGCUCACAAAAAUAGAAUAUUCUAACCCAAGUUGAGCUGCACGGUAUGACACCACAUGUCGACCUAAAACAUAUAGCAUGUGCAAAUUCAGUUUUGUGAGGCAGAAUGCAGAAUCAAUAAAAUCCUUUUGUAUACAUUAUUAGACCCCACACAUGUAUUUCCAAUAUGAUGAUGAUGCAUGGGAGCAUGACAACAGGCGCUGUCAUGACCUUUAUCUAUUUAUUGAUGCUGAUUUUGCA